AAGAAUCUCUCUAGUCGAUAUAAAAUUGUGCACAUAAGCACGCGUAUGUGCAAUAAACCAGUACAUUUGUUGGAAAACGGAACAGAAGUCGCCAACGCGUCCUAGUCAGUGAAUUAUUAAUUGAACGAAGUAUCAAAGAGUAACAUCUAGUUGAGAAUCGCUGUAACGUCUUCUGCUGCACGUCAAUGCCCGAACUGUCAAGAUCGUUCUACCAUCAUCUACUAUAACUCGCAAUAAACUUGUUUAGCGUGGAAGAUAUUACUUUUUCAUAAGAUAAAUUCGUGUUUAGCAUCUUGUGACGCAUCACAGGCACUGGUGCCGCGCGAUUAGUCAGCGCCAGUCACUGACUAGCGCGGUACAUACUUUCGGAGUUGACGGACUGACGUCGUAGUCGAGUGCAAAUGACUACAUGUCAAAGUCAGUGAGCGGCGUACUUUAAGUGUACUUUCUACCGGUGGAGCUGGAUUUCCUCCGAUUGAAUAAAAAUGUUGGCUCUCAUCAAUCGAAUUUUGGAUUGGUUUAAAUCCCUCUUUUGGAAAGAGGAGAUGGAACUCACUCUUGUUGGCUUGCAGUACAGUGGAAAAACCACCUUCGUAAAUGUUAUAGCGUCAGGACAAUUCAGCGAAGAUAUGAUCCCAACUGUUGGUUUUAAUAUGCGUAAAAUAACAAAAGGCAAUGUAACUAUAAAGGUAUGGGAUAUUGGAGGUCAACCAAGGUUUAGAUCAAUGUGGGAAAGAUAUUGCAGAGGAGUGAAUGCAAUAGUAUAUAUGGUAGAUGCAGCUGAUUCUGAAAAAAUAGAAGCAAGUCGCAAUGAAUUACACAAUCUAUUAGACAAACCUCAGCUAUCUGGUAUACCAGUGCUGGUUCUUGGUAACAAGAGGGACUUACCUCUUGCUUUGGAUGAAAAUGGGCUUAUAGAAAGAAUGAAUUUAUCAGCAAUUCAAGAUCGUGAGAUCUGUUGCUAUAGCAUUUCAUGCAAAGAGAAAGACAAUAUUGAUAUAACAUUGCAGUGGCUUAUAGCACAUUCUAAAAGUGGUGUUCGUUAAUAUGUGUAACUAAUUUUAUGUACUUACUCAUCUUUAUCGAAAAGCCCAAAAUAUUGAUAGAAUGGGGAUCAAAUGUGCAAGGGAGUGUUGAGUAAUGAUUUUAUUCUGAAUUGAGUGAUCAAUUAUUGUAGACACUUUUUUUAAACCUAAGCUUUAGCUGUUAUCUAUUCAGUCAUAUAAAAAUCAUAGAAAGUUUGAUAAAGGAAAAAACAAAGAAAUUAUGCUUAAACCAAAUAUGCUCAUGCAAAUGAUAACAAGACACAUACAUCCUGCAAGCACCUUAGAAAUAAGUAACAAUUUUUUAUAUUGUGUUUUCAGAUAAUCAAUUUAAGUAACAGUGCUGUUAUUCUAACUUAAAUCCUUCAAGAAAAAAUAGCAUUUAAUGGUUAAUGUAGAAAUGAUGAUAGCUAGUACGAAUACAAGCGCAAAAUAAUAUCAAUUAUCAUAUAGUACACAUUUUUGAAACUAUUUAAUUAAGAUUAAUAGAUCACAACAUAGAGAUUAUGAACAAUUGAUUGCUAUAUGUACACGAAUAUGAUGCUAAGUAAACUUGUAUAAUUAAUGGAGAAUUAUUAACAAAUUAUAUCAAUUUAUUACGAUCCUUAAAGUAUGACAGUUGUGUUAUGUAUAUACACACACAUACACGUAUACAUAUAUAUAUAUAUACAUACAUAUGAAAAGGAAUAAAACAAUGUAAUCCAUUUUUUAAAUGGAUUCUUGCCUUUGAUAAAAUUUUUAUUAUCAUUGGAAAAUAAAAAUAAUAAAAUGUUGUAUGUUUUUAAAACAAUAAUAUAGAAUUUUAAGCUAUGUUAUCUUAUCCAGUGCAGAAACGUUAUUGGUUGAUAUGCAUGACGUCAUAGCACUAUCGAUUGUGUAUUGUCGAGAGUCGAUUCAUCUUUAGCGAGUUUAUUUACUGUCCUAUAUAGUUUGUGUAAGAUGAUUCUAGGAGCAUCCGAAAAAGAGCUUUCCGUUAAACCUGAGGAAAAUCCUCACCCGAGAAUGCACUUAGAACGAGGAGCACUUAGGAUUUCCACAACGGCGAAAAUUUAUUUAUUUUCUUUAUUUUUUGUUAAUAAAUUGCUAUAUUCUGACAUUUCUAACCCUGCUUUAUAUGAGUCAUCGUUCAAAAAUAUAGUAAACAAUUAAUUGUCAUUCUUAUACUUGCGUAUCUCGGGUAGAAUAAUAGAUAUGAACUUUUUCAUAGAACCAUACAAUUAAAUAGGUACUUGUAGCGUAGAAUUUAAUAUGUUCAUAUCUAUACUAGUGUGUAACCAAACAGAGCAAAUCCCUAACAUUAAGUUUAAAUACAUAGAUUCUCAUAUAUGCUAAGGUUCAACCAAACAGGGCAGAUCCCUACCUUUAUAGGUUCUUGUACAUGCUAAUUUCAAUUUAAACUCAGCACUUGGCCGCAUGGUGGAGCACCUGUACUGUGAAACAACUAAAACUACGGGCGUGAGCACUCUCAUUUCCUCCCUGAUAGUAUACAUAAUCAGCUAUAACCUGAGAACAUUUUAUAAGUAAGAACAACAAUACAUUAAAUAAUAAAUAUUUAUUUAAAAAUUAACAUGCGAGCAACAACUGAUGAUGAUCCAUAUGCUCAUGUAGCAAAAGGACCAUUGAAACUAAAAAAUGAUCAAAAUGUGAUUAAAAA